GAGUACUUCUAGUUUAGUUCAACCAGAUUCUUGUUGUCUGCGCAAGCUACGCCGAGCAGAGAUCAAGCGUCUGGUUGACCGAGACUAGAGUACUUACACAGUAACGUAUAAGCAUUAGCCAUGUUGUAAGGCUUCAGGAGUUUAUGCACAAAGUGUGUUGUUAGGGUUUAUAGCAUGUGACCUACCAUCGGCUGUCAUCCAGGGUAAAUUAUGUCUGAACAGGAAACAUUUGGGAUCGAUUACCGAUCCGUGGACUCGAACGAAGGACUUCAAUCCGGUGCGUGUUCUACCUUCACGUGCUGUCAUUCCGGAUCCGGCACGUGCGGUAACGUGGUCGUCAGAUAUAAAAAGGAACCUUUAUUCCGACAGAAUAUCACGAGGUCGGCCUGCCUGUAUUUAUCACUAUUUACACUAGGAUUUGCUAAAGGUCAAAUAGGACCCUCUCUAAUAGACCUCCAAAUCAUCAGCGGGGUCGGUCUUACAGAAGGUGCUGCUCUCCUUACCACUGUCUACGCAGUGUAUAUGGCCGGGGCCUGUUUGGGCGGAGUAAUCUACAACAAGAUGAGGAGAACGUUCAUCCUAGCAGGCUCGAAUAUCCUGUUGGCCGUCGCCACAUUGGCAAUACCUUGGUGUUCUUUCUAUUGGCUUAUGCUCGUCGCCUUCUCACUGUUCGGGUUAAGCUUAGGAGUGACUGAUUCUGUUGCUAGCGGGGACCUGCAGUAUACCUGGGGAAAGGACGGCCGCCCUUACAUGCAGGGGAUGCAGCUGCUGUACGCUAUAGGAGUGACAGUUUCUCCACUCAUUGCUGCGCCUUUCUUGUCCUCUUCAGUACCAACGGACUUCCGGCGAAACGAAUCUGACAUCGAUUCAUUUCUCUAUACAUCCAAUGAAACAACAUUAUCGACUAAUCUGACCUGUUUUGAAAGUGCAUUGCACAACAUGUCUACGAAUGUUUCAAAGUCUACAGAUCAUAUUACAAAUGAGAAAUCACAACUGUACCUGUCCUAUAUGUUUACCACAAUAUUUAGCGUGUUCGCCUGUUUAGCAUUUCUUGCAUUCUACUUCCGUUUUGAGCGGCAAACGCAAGAUGUCAUUCCUGAAUUAAGCGUCUCCAAGGAUUAUAAUACCAGAGAUCUCCCAAGAUCAAUGAAAUGUUUGGCACUAGGGUUGUUGGUCAGUAUAUCGGGACUUAUCUGUUGUAUAGACGAUACGUUCCUAGGAUUUCUGACCACGUUCUGUGUGAAAUACCUCAAAUGGACUAAGUCCCAAGGGGCGGUAUUAUCGUCAGCCUCUUGUUCAAUUGUAGUUGUCGGAAGGAUAUUGGCAGUAGUGAUAAUACAGUUCAUCAGUCCCAUGACUCUUGUUGGGUUCCAUUGUUUCGUUACGAUGUUGUCGUUUGUAGGACUGUACAUAAGCGCUGUACAUGUAUCCAGUAUGGGAGUAUAUAUUUCCGCACUUGGAUUCGGAUUCGGCAAGUCGGCCAUCUUGCCGAGUGUGUUUUCCUGGAUUGAAGAGAUUGUCUCCCCUGUAAGUGGUAAAAUAUCGGCUAUGGUGUUUUUUGUGAUAACUGCUUUAACUGCUAUUAAUCCUGUUAUACUCGGCAAUAUGAUGGAGAAUCUGGCCGACAUUUGGUUCGCGUUGCUGUUACUGGCGGAGAGCAUAGUUCUUUUGCUGGUUUAUACUGCUGCAGCAGUGUUAUCUAAGUAUAUUAUAGCGGUGUACGGAUACACGUACAGAGAACAGGAGAUAGUCAUAGAAAACUCCCCAGUCAACCAACCGGAAGUGACAAAUAAAUCAGAUCAUAUGUUGUAAAACAAUAUAAGUCAUUAAAUAUCUGUAAAGGUGAAUUUUCCAAAACAUGACAUGACUCUUUACGUGCAUUAUAAAAAAAAUCAUUUGUAGUCAUAUCAAAAAGGAAAUUCAUGCUUUUAAGCUUUUGGAAUAAUAACCUAAAGUGCAGUAGUUUUAGUAUGACGAAAUAGGUUCCCGAUAAAGAAGGUGGGAACUUUUUUCUUAAGUUUUAUUCGUGGUUCAAAAAGUUCAACACACAAAUAACACGGAAUAAAAGGUAAUACGUUUCAUUGAGAAAAUACAAGUUUUCAUCCUUUUAGCUGUUUUGAACUCUAACAGGAUUGUAACUUCUGAAAUCAAUGUAGUAAAGUUGUUGUAAUUCUGUUCAGUGUACGGAUAAACAUCACAAUAACAAGUUGUAAAACCUAUUUCAACAUACUCAACCCAAAGUAAACAUCAUUUUUAGGGCGGUUUCAGUAAAACUUUAGAUGCAGUUUUCAAUAUACAGUAAUUGGACUUAGCAAUUUCGAACCGGCAUAUUAUCGUAGGGUUACUAAUGUCUACAACAGGAAAUUUUCCCAAUUAAAUGCAUCAUGGCAUUGCAUUUUGAAUUCUUAACAUGUAGAAUCUUCUUACAUAUAUACAAAACUCUCACAAUCUCUGUCGCCAGAUUUCAGCGACAAAUCCUAGUGUUAAUAGAUCUAGAGCAGUAGACAGCUGACCAUAAACGGGCGACCCGAUCAGAAUUUUAGAACCCGUACGCGUGAUUGUGGUAAGUUUUAGCGGACUACUCUACUCGGCAAUCAUUGUCAUUCACAAUGUGCUGGUACGAACCCAUUAUUGACUGUUUUACAGUCAUUGGAAUAAUGUGUAACAGGAACAACAUAAUUUGAUAAAGUACCAAAUAUACCGAUCGGAUAUGAAACCCGCAUACAAUAUACCCUAUUUCACACUAGCCAUCAGGAUUGUUUUCAUUUCAUUCCAAUCGUUCUUAACAAAUUGCACAACGGGGCGAUCGAUUGUUUGUGGUAUUUUUUGUGUGUUGUACGAUCACAGCUGUAAAUUAUAAACUUAUCAAGUCACACUGCAAAUUCUAAGCAGACACCACUUCAAAGGCCAAGCCAUCCUUUCUCUAAAUUCAUAAUUCUUCGUUCCGUUCUAAAUAAUAUAGUGGAUCUAUAGCUGUUCGAAUUCCCUGAAUAGAUUUCUCUGUCUAAUAAACCGAACACAGUAGAUGACCAUCUUCAUUCCGUCUGUUCUGGUCCUAUUCAAUAUGAUUAUGCAAGAUCUCCUUUAAAAGGCUGUAAAAUUCCUUCGUUCAAAUCUUAAAAUACCAGCCGAAAACUGCGUUUCAGUUAAUUUUUUGACGUUGUUAAUUUGCAAAUCUACAUUAUCCGACAGUACAAUAUCAGGGCAGUGGUCAUUGUUUUACUGUUAUUGUUUACU